AUGAACGCAGCCGGCGAAAUUACCCCUCCCAUGGGCCCAACCCAGCUGGCAGCAGGCCAUGCGCCUCCCACCCCACCCCACGAGUCUGCCCUCGAUGAUGUCUACGGCUCUGCGCCAAACUCUCCAUACCUCGACGCGCAAACCUCAGACCGUGCACACGAAAUGCUCUCUGACCUGCCUUCACGACAACGUGCCCUGGACGCCGACGCGUACCGUGAAGGUCUAGCGUCCGCGAAAGGCCAGUACGUGCAAGAAGGGUUCGACGAGGGAUAUGCGCUGGGCGCAGACCUGGGACUACGCGCUGGCUACGCCUUGGGCGUACUACGGGGCUUCAUAGGCGCGUGGAAAGGACUCGACCAAGACGUCUACAAUGAGAUGAUUACCUUGUACAACCAGGCGCAAAAGGAGCUUGCAAUCGAGCAAUUACUGGGACAAACCUGGGUCGACGAAGAAGGGAUAUGGAAAUGGGAGGUUAGGGGUGUAGAUGGCGACGCGACGUUCAGGGAGGUAGCAGCGCAGCAUCCUGUUGUCAAGAGGUGGGACGAUAAGGUCGAGGAACUGGCCCAGCGGUGGGGUGUUGAUCUCAAGGCUGUGGAGAAGAUGAGCAGCAAAGAAGAGGAGCAGUCGUGA